AGAAAUAUAUUUUUUUAUUUCGCAAGACGUCAUCGAUUUGGACAAUUGGAAUUAUAUUAUUGAAAAUAUCUUGGUUUUCCUACAUCAGUUAAUUGAUUAUUAGUUAAAGACUAAAAUAAAACAAAACCUAAAAAACAACAAUGGGUGAUAAUGAGGAAAAAGCUUUGCAGUUAAUGGCUGAAGCUGCCAAAAAGUUAACACAACAAAAAAGUUUCUUUGGAAUGUUGUUUGGGAGCUCUAAUAAAGUGGAAGAGGCCAUAGAAUGUUAUCAACGUGCUGGAAACAUGUUUAAAAUGUCGAAAAAUUGGACAAAAGCUGGCGAGUGUUUUUGUGAAGCUGCAAACUUACAUGCCAGAGGAGGAAGUCGUCAUGAUGCUGGCAUUGCUUACGUGGAUGCAUCAAACUGCUACAAAAAGGUCGAUGUGGAAAGUGCCGUGGCAUGUCUAUUAAAAUCAAUUGAUAUCUACACCGAUAUGGGUAGAUUUACAAUGGCAGCCAAAUAUCAUCAAAGCAUUGCCGAGAUGUAUGAAGGUGACCCUAAUACAUUGCAAAAGGCCAUAGAACAAUAUGAAAAAGCAGCCGAUUACUUUAAGGGUGAAGAGUCCACCAGUUCGGCCAAUAAGUGUUUGUUAAAAGUAGCACAAUAUGCAGCACAAUUAGAAGAUUAUGAAAAAGCCAUAUCAAUAUAUGAACAGGUGGCUGCUACAUCACUUGAAAGUUCAUUGCUCAAAUACAGUGCCAAGGAAUAUUUCUUCCGUGCUGCUUUGUGUCAUUUAAGCAUUGAUCUACUAAAUGCCCAGCAUGCUAUUGAAAAAUACUGUCAACAAUAUCCAGCGUUUCAAGACUGCAGGGAAUAUAAAUUGGUUAAGGUGCUAUGCGAGCAUUUGGAAGAUCAAAAUAUUGAUGGCUUCACCGAUGCUAUCAAGGAUUAUGAUAGCAUUUCACGUUUGGAUCAAUGGUACACCACCAUAUUGCUGCGCAUUAAAAAAGCAGCUGAUGAGAAUCCUGAUCUGCGAUAAAAUGUCUAAUAGAGUAUUGUUUGUUUUUUUUUUGCCUAAUUAAGGUUUAUGCGUUUUUUCUAUUUGUAAUGACUUAUGAUGUAUGGGAGCAAAAAAAACUAACUUUAACAAUAUUCAUUAAUAGUAAAUGAAGGAUAAAAUAUGUUUUUAUUUUUAUCAUAUCAAGUGGUUUAAUCCACUUGACAAAUGUCCUUCUUUUUUGUUAAGCUUUAAUCAGUAAAAAUAAAUACCUAGAUUUAGUUUUACACCAUGAAACAAUAAAAAUUCCUAAAAAUGCACAAAUAGCCUAAUAAUCGAAAGAAUAGGUAGUAAAAAAGAUGCAUGAACAAAAAUACAACAACUAAUUAAAGUAAGAUGGAAGAAAAACUAUUGGGUUGUUCAAAAAGUAAUUGCGGAUUUUUCAUAUAGUCGGCGUUGACAAAUUUUUUCACAGCUUGUGACUCUGUAAUUGCAUUCUUUCUUCUGUCAGUUAUCAGCUGUUGCUUUUAGCUUGCUUUAGAAAAAACGUGUAAAAAAGUAUAUUUGAUUAAAGUUCAUUCAAAGCUUUAUUAAAAAUGCAUUUACUUUCUUUUAAAAAAUCCGCAAUUACUUUUUGGGCAACCCAAUAUAUAUAAAAAAGCAAUAAGUCGGUUGAAUUGUGUUUUUUUACAAUUUGGAGGUUUUAAUAAGAAUUUUGAGUUAAGAAUUAUAGUGUGUUUUCCCGGUUUCACUUUUCCCCUAAAAUGAACUGCUUAUUAUCACGUUAAUAAAGUUUCAACAUUUCCCAAAUUUUCCUCAUGAGUUUCCUUAGAAAAAAAAAACAAAAAAAGGAUCUUACAACAAACAAUUAUUUGAACUUUUUGUUUGCAUGAUAAUAACAAAUUGAUUUGAGGGCAAAAGUGAAAAGGAAACAAAACACACCAGUACGUUCGCAAAUAACAACGGCCAGCGCAGUAACAUGCCACACAUUACCAAAUUACUCUAGAAGCACGGGUACACAAAGUAAUGGAGAUAAAAUGAUAUGCGGCAUAAAAUAAAAAAUAUUUAAAUAACUGAAAUAUCAACUGAAA